CGCAGGCACCCGGGGGUGGGGGCGCGGGGAGGUGAGUCCUGCGCACUACGGGUCCUGUCGCCCCGGGCAUCCUGUCCCACCGACCACUGCUGCUAGACGGCCGGUGGGCUCCCGGAGCUGCUCGCCAAGGGAGAGGACUAGGCACCCCGAACCUCGGGAUUCGGGGGCCCUCGGAGGGUACUAGAGGGGUACUGCGUCCCGGACAGGAGCUUUGAAGAUAGCCUACUGCCCUUCCAGAGAUCCACAGCGUGCAUCUCUAAGCGCAGGGAGCCCGGGACGCCUGGAGAGUGUGGCUACCGGGUCGGGGCCCUGGUGUCACUGCGUCCCUGGGUCUGAAUUGGCUCAGGGCCGGAUUGAAUGCCCGUCUUUGUGCUUAGACAGCGCUAGGCUUCUGGGACGCCCGGGAUUGGGUGCUAGAACGUUGUUUUACUGGGAGGUGUGCCCCCUCCCCAUGUAGAGGAGGGGUGCACCGAGACCCUUCUAAAAAGCCACUUAGGGUGGGAACCAGGGGGCAGGGACAGGUACCGAGAGGCUCGAUUCAAAGCCAGCCUCUCCCCUCUGCCCGCCUCUCCUUAACUGCUUAAGGCAAAACUGCAUAGAAAAUCUAAUGGAUGAAGAUGAGAAGGACAGAGCAAAGAGAGCCUCUCGAAACAAGUCUGAGAAGAAGCGCCGGGACCAGUUCAAUGUUCUCAUCAAAGAGCUCAGCUCCAUGCUCCCAGGCAACACGCGGAAAAUGGACAAAACGACCGUGCUGGAGAAGGUUAUCGGAUUCUUGCAGAAACACAACGAAGUCUCAGCGCAAACAGAAAUCUGUGACAUUCAGCAAGACUGGAAACCUUCGUUCCUCAGUAAUGAAGAAUUCACCCAGCUGAUGUUGGAGGCAUUAGAUGGCUUCAUCAUCGCGGUGACAACAGACGGCAGCAUUAUCUAUGUUUCCGACAGUAUCACGCCUCUCCUUGGGCAUUUACCGUCGGAUGUCAUGGAUCAGAACUUGUUAAAUUUCCUUCCAGAACAAGAACAUUCUGAAGUUUAUAAAAUACUUUCUUCCCAUAUGCUUGUGACGGAUUCCCCCUCCCCAGAAUUCCUAAAAUCUGACAACGAUUUAGAGUUUUAUUGCCAUCUUCUCAGAGGCAGCUUGAACCCAAAGGAAUUUCCAACUUAUGAAUACAUAAAAUUUGUAGGAAAUUUUCGCUCCUACAACAAUGUGCCUAGCCCGCCCUGUAAUGGCUUUGACAACACCCUCUCAAGACCUUGCCGCGUGCCCCUAGGAAAGGAGGUCUGCUUCAUUGCCACUGUACGUCUGGCAACACCGCAGUUCUUAAAGGAAAUGUGUGUAGCUGACGAACCUUUAGAGGAAUUCACUUCGAGGCAUAGCUUGGAAUGGAAAUUUUUAUUUCUGGAUCACAGAGCCCCUCCAAUCAUAGGAUACCUGCCCUUUGAAGUACUGGGCACCUCAGGCUAUGACUACUACCACAUCGAUGACCUGGAGCUCCUGGCCAGGUGCCACCAGCACCUGAUGCAGUUUGGCAAAGGGAAAUCAUGUUGUUACCGGUUUCUAACCAAAGGGCAGCAGUGGAUUUGGUUACAGACACACUACUACAUCACCUACCACCAAUGGAAUUCCAAGCCCGAGUUCAUCGUGUGCACACACUCGGUGGUCAGUUAUGCAGACGUCCGGGUGGAAAGGAGACAGGAACUGGCUUUGGAAGACCCACCAACAGAGGCCAUGCAUCCCUCUACACUGAAGGAAAAGGACUCAAGCCUGGAGCCUCAGCAGCACUUUAAUGCACUUGACAUGGGUCCCUCAGGUCUGACUACAAGUCCUUCGCCAUCAGCGUCCUCAAGGAGUUCCCACAAGUCCUCACACACAGCCAUGUCAGAACCCGCCUCCACUCCAACCAAGCUGAUGGCCGAGAACAGCAACACAGCUUUGCCAAGAUCGGCCACCCUACCCCAGGAGUUACCAGUGCCAGGGCUCAGCCAGGCAGCCACAAUGCCGGCUCCCCUGCCUUCACCAUCAUCCUGUGACCUCGCAAAACAGCUCCUGCCUCCGACCAUCUUGCCGAGCCCACCUGCUCCCAUGACGCAGUUUUCGGCACAAUUCAGCAUGUUCCAGACCAUUAAGGACCAGCUGGAGCAGAGGACACGGAUCCUGCAGGCCAACAUCCGGUGGCAGCAGGAAGAGCUGCACAAGAUCCAGGAACAGCUCUGCCUGGUCCAGGACUCCAACGUCCAGAUGUUCCUGCAGCAGCCAGCUGUGUCCCUGAGCUUCGGCAGUGCCCAGCGACCAGCGGCUCAGCAGCAGCUGCAGCAAAGGCCUGCUGCUGCAGCGACUCAGCCCCAGCUCGGGGCUGACACGCCGCUGCCGCCGGGGCAGAUCACGUCGACCCAAGUCACAAACCCGCACCUGCUCAGAGACUCGAAUGCGAUAUCCACCCAGGGUCCAAAGCCAAUGAGGAGCUCACAGCUGCUGCCUGCCAGCGGCCGAUCGGUGAGCAGCCUGCCACCCCAGUUCAGCAGCUCGGCAGCUGUGCUCCCGCCAGGCCUGAGCCUCACCACAGCUGCUCCCACCUCUCAGGAUGCCAGCCAGUGCCAGCCCAGCCCUGACUUCGGCCAUGAUCGGCAGCUCAGGCUGUUGCUGAGCCAGCCCAUCCAGCCUAUGAUGCCCGGGUCCUGUGACGCCAGGCAGCCCUCAGAAGUCAGCAGGACUGGACGGCAAGUCAAGUACACACAGAGCCAGGUCAUGUUCCCAAGUCCAGACGCGCUCCCCGCCGGCAGCGGUGCCUCCACCCCUGUCCUGCUGAUGGGCCAGGCCGUGCUCCACCCCAGCUUCCCCACAUCCCAGCCAGCACCACCGCAGCCAGCACAGGCCCAGCAGCAGCAGCCCCCACACUACCUGCAGGCGCCAACAUCUCUGCACAGUGAGCAGCAGGACUCGCUCCUUCUCUCCAACUUCUCCCAGCAGCCCGGGACCCUGGGCUACGCAGCAACCCAGCCCACACAGCCGCAGCCCCCACGCCCUUCCCGCAGGGUCAGCCGGCUGUCCGAGUCCUCAGGUCUCCAGCAGCCACGCCGAUAGUGCCCUGACCCUGGAGUCCAGACGCAACCAGCUUUAACCAAUGGAAGAGAAGGGAGCUGCCGUGGGAAAAAACGGGAAGAAAGGUUUACAUGGCUUUGGCACACCCCGUAUACAUUUCAGAACUCCCUAUGGUAACGUGUCUGGAGUGUGGCACUGGCAGACUGGGGAAAGAACAGGAAUACUGGCCAUGGUUCCCUUGCCCUGAGGUUCUCGGGCAUCCGCUACAGCCAUACCAGACAGGAACCAAGUGCCCCCUUCUGGGCAUCAUUUCCUGGUCUAUCUGCAGAGGUAGUACCUCUCGCUGCCUCCAGGAGAGAGCGCGCCGGGUACUCUACCGACUGACACACGUCCCAAACCCUAGCUGGCCUUCACUCUCUUGACGGUCUUUCCUUUACAGUCAAGGACUAAGUUAGAGGUCUUUGGAGAGAGAGAAUAAAGAGAUUAUUUUCAUUAUUUUUAAAAGGUGGUUUUUGUUUUAAUUUGCACAGCUGCACACGGGGGAAAUAACUUAGGCACUUUCUGUUUUUGUUUUAAAUAAUAAGGUCUCAUGGCUUCCCUAAGAAUCCACAAUAACAAAAACAGCCCACCAAUCAGAUAGCGAAAGCUGUUAUUAAUGAAGCUGCAGAUCCACACCCUUGACCUAAACCCUGGUGGGUUGAGGCUCUUUGCCACCACGCCCUUCUGGUCGUCAGUUUCCUCCCUAAACGGAACACUGGAUAUUCCUGUUGACUUCACUGAUUGUAACUACAAAGGUGGACUCUGAGCAAAGCACAAUCUCACAGCUAUUCCAGAACUCCCUAGAGACCUCUAAGACCACGAGGGAAGAGGGUCUGCAAGCAGAGCAACCUGGCCGGCUGCAGUCUCCCAGGAAACCAGUCACGUGCUGGCCAUCCUGGUGAGGCCGCUGCAUCUUUCCACAGAUCUUCCCUGAUGAUUCUGAAGAUUGGAUUUUCCUUUUUCAAAAUGCACUUUGCUUUUUUUUUUUGUAUGUUUUGUUAUGUUGAGAUGUUUCUAAAGAGAAGAUUUUAUGUAAUUAUAAGAGGAAGUGUAGUGAAUUGUACAGCUGUUGUAAUAAUGACCUAUUUCUAUAAAAAAUAAAAUUGUACGGAUUAUGUGUAAAUUAUUUUGUAUCUGAGACACCAGUUCCAUUCCCAAAUAUAAAAGUAUAAAGGUUUCCUUGUGUUUUUCUGUGAGUGAACAUUUUGUAAUAAAUUAACAAGUUUGUACAAUU